GACGGCAGCGCAACUUCUCUCAUUUUCUCCCAACCACUUGAGCGUUCACAAGCAGCCAGACUGAGAGAGGGACUCUACUGAUCAGACAUCCCGAGAGCGGAUCCCGGUGGGAAACAUCUCCUCCAGUCUCCACUCGCUUUCCGAAGUGCUUUUUUUUCUCACGGAAAUGCUGUACCUGAAGUUUCACUCGGGACGGUGAGCUCUAAAGUUUGGAGUCGGAGAGGAAGGGCGCAGCGGCGGGGGGACGCUUCAAAUGGAGAGCAGAUGAGAGUGAAUUUCCCCAUCUGGAUCAUAAAAGUAGCCUGCAGCUAAGGGUGUAGCUCCAGUGUGAGGUGGUAUGUCAAAUCGCGACUCGCUGGGGACAGGGGACCUGAUCCCCCAGGAUGUGGUUGAGGUUUUUGCCCAGGAAAGGCUUGCCAAGAGAGGCCACAAGAAGCGCAGUCACUCCCUGGGCAGAGCGUUGGGCUGGCUGAAAGGCAAGAAGAGGAAGGACCUCAAUGCCAAUGGCCAGAGCUUGGGCCUGGGCCCCGGGCCUGACUUAGACUUGGACGGGCAUCCUGCUGCGCAUCACGGCGGGCAGAAAGGAGUCCAGAAGGCGGGAAAGCAGACAGCUGCCCCAAAGCAAGAUGAUGAGCAGAGGGUCCAGGUGCCCCCGUUGUUCCAGGAGAAUGUCUUCAUUGAGGCCAGCAGGCCCAAAUACCUGGAGGACCUUCACACUGAGGCCCAGGAAGGACUGAAGCUGAUGCAGCAAGAAGAAACCAACAAUGGCGUGUACUUCCAGGAUGAUGAAAGCACCAUUUCAUCGGUGACAGUCCAAGCAGAGGAGGAUGGUGGAGGAUUUAUGACUGACAGCACCAUCCCUGAUGCCUCCUCUACUGUCUCUACACAGUCGACCGUCUCCACAAGAUCUUCCCGUUCUGGAAUCUCCAGACAAGGAUCGACAUUCAGGCCCCUGAACGCUGGCAAGAAGCCAGAGAAGGCCAAGACCAGAAGGAGAAGCAGGAAGACAGUUAUGGGGAUCCCACAUCAUGUCCAGAAAGAACUGGGGCUGGACAGAACAGGCAUGACAAUUAGUCCAAUACUAGAUAAGGAACAGCUCCCUAAUGGUGAGACCAUCAAUACCUUCACCACUGAUGGCCCACAGCAGGCAGCAGAGCUUCAACAGGGGACCAGUGUCAGCCUUCAGAACAUUGAGACCCUUCAGCCUCUCAGCGAAGACCAAGUCCAGCAGUUUAACUCCACUCAGGCUUUCCACAGGGAUGACCUGGCCCUGCUGCACCGCUUUGGUCCUGAGCUGUCAGACCAGCAGAGGCCCCAUUCCCUCGCUGUCCCCUGGAUGACCACUGCCAACAGCCUCCAGCAGCAGCCGCCCAGCCCUGUCAUGUCCAUGUCCCCACAGGCCACCUACCUGUCAAAAAUAAUUCCAAAUGCCGUGAUGCCACCUGCCAUUGACGUGGUGGAAAUCAGUCGUGGGCGGAGCCGCAACAGUGUCCGUACUGUCAGCAAGAGCAGCCUGCUGCUGGCCAGCCCAGCCUCCUCCCGUGCUUCAUCUCGAGCCUCCACCCUCUCCUCUGCCUCCAAACACAAGCCGCCCAAGCUGUCAGACAGCUCGGGUUGGAGCAAUUCUGAGUCCUCAGAGACACUGGUGUCUGACUCCUCCACCAUCUCCAGCAGCAGCACCCCUAGACAAAAGUCACAGGAUGGAGAUUUGGGAAGUUCUGCUAAGGAAGAUAAAGUCAGUGUCCACUCGUCUAUCAGCAAGUCCUCCAAAUCCACCUCUAAUGGCAAACCCAGGUCCAAAGUAGGUGAGGUAAAGAAAGAUGGUGCCUUUGUACGUAGCCUCUCAGUGAUGAAGUCAAAGAAAGCUCCUCCUCCUCCAAGCCGUUCUUAUUCCCUCCACAAUAAAAUGAAACGGCGGUCACGUGACCUGGCAGAGGUAAGGGUGAUUUCAGGGGAAUCCUCUCCCCAAAGCUUGUCAUCAGAUAAGGAAAGUACAGAAAACAAAAUGGUACAGAUAAAGGAGGCUGGACCCUCUCCUAUGCCCGCCAGGACCAUAGACAGCCCUGGCUAUUCUGCAGACAUCAGUUCAAUGGAUGACUCCACGGGUUCAUCCAUCAAAUUCCAGCUGCAGACACCAGAGAAAGAGGACUCUGUAAAGCUAGAGGAACCAGGCAUCAAAGACACUUCACCUGAGAAGAAGCAAGCACCUCCGGACAAUGAGGUAAAGAAAAUUGUCUCCCCCUCCAGUGGCUACUCCAGCCAAGAUGGCACACCUACUCAACCCUCAAAACAGUCCCAUAGGUCCUCUCCGAGGCAUAAAAAAGGCAUCCUGGUCAAACUGCAGAGCUUAUUUCCUAAGUCCAGUCCCGCCCCUACAGUUUCAGCUCCAUCCCCUCUUAAACAGCCAGACGUCACUGACAGCAAAAAGUCCACUGAACCUCCCCAGCCUCAACCCAACCCUUCAGUGGACACAGUCACUGCCAGCCCCUCAGUCAAGGCCCUAAGAGAGCUCUUCAACAUCCCACCCCCACCCAAUGUCCAUGCACCGCCACCUCCUCCCCCAGAGGUGUGGGCUCACAACAAACGCACCUUUGAGUUGUUGCUGGGACCUCCAGCCCCAGAUAAUACUUAUGCAAUUGUGAAGAAGAAUCCAAAGGACAGGAGACAGCAGAGGCAAUCUCCUCCAACAUCUAAAGAGGGAUCUGUAAAAAGCAUGUCUGGAGAAAGAAAACAGAAGGAUCACACUUCCACAGUGGAGCUGAAUUCAGAGGUUCACAAAGAGAUCAAUGAAAGACUGGCUCAUGUAGAGCCGCAUGUAGAUGUGAAAGAAAAUAGCAAAGUCACAGAAAAAGACGAGAAGGUCAGAGUGAGUGAGUUACUAAGUGGGAUGUUAAUGAAAGUCGCAGAGAAACGUGAGCAGAGGCUAGCAGCAAUGCAACAGGACGAGGUCAAACCGGCAACACACAGUAACACUUCAGUUACAGAAGUGAAAACGAAAAUGGAUACAUUACCUGCCAUUUCAUUAGUACGUGUCUCCCCUGCUCCCUCUCCUCCUCCACCACACCACCCACCUCAGCCCCCCACAAAACAGGACACACAUUUAGCUGCCUCAGAUGCUGCUUCUGCUGUAACACCACAUCUUGUGGUAUCCCCCACAAGUGAGUCAUUGUGGCCUCCACCACCUCCACCAAUGGAACAAGCUUCCGGGAUCCUUGGCGGGAAUGAUGUAAUGGAUUUUCCCCUUCCACCUCCCCCAUUAUUUAGUGUGGAGGGGUUAGUUAUACCAGUUCAGGUCCCACCAGAGCAGCAUAUUCCCAGUACAGCUGUUUUACAAGACUCAAACAGUGAGCAGCUUAACUCUGCUUGUACAAUCACAUCUGUUGCAUCAGUGGUCAAUGCAGAAUGUCUUAGGGUGGCUGCAGGAACUCUCCCCAGUGGGGACAAGCCUGCUGCAUCAGAGGAGGUAGUUAGUGCUGCACAACCACCACCACCUGCACCCAAAAUGUAUCUUAUGUCCCAAGGAAUUCCUCCUCCACCUCCAAGUAUCCCCCCACCACCGCCCUUCGCAGCUCCAACAGCACCAGUAAAGGAGGGUUCACCUCCAGCACCUAAAGAAGUCUCCCCACCACCACCACCUAAAGAAGUCUCCCCACCACCACCACCUAAAGAGGUCUCCCCUCCACCACCACCUAAAGACGUCUCCCCUCCAGCACCUAAAGAAGUCUCCCCACCACCACCAAAAGAGGUCUCCCCUCCACCACCACCUAAAGAGGUCUCCCCUCCACCACCACCUAAAGACGUCUCCCCUGCAGCAUCUCAAGAAGUCUCCCCUCCACCACCACCACCAAAAGAGGUCUCCCCUCCACCACCACCGAAAGAAGUCUCCCCACCACCACCUAAAGAGGUCUCCCCUCCACCACCACCUAAAGACGUCUCCCCUACAGCAUCUCAAGAAGUCUCUCCUCCACCACCACCUAAAGAAGUCUCCCCACCACCACCAAAAGAGGUCUCCCCUCCACCACCACCGAAAGAAGUCUCUCCACCACCACCAAAAGAGGUCUCCCCUCCACCACCACCGAAAGACGUCUCCCCACCACCACCGAAAGAGGUCUCCCCUCCACCACCACCAAAAGAGGUCUCCACACCACCACCACCGAAAGAAAUCUCCCCACCUCCACCAAAAGAGGUCUCCCCUCCACCUCCUGUAGAGGUCUCCUCUCCACUACCUAAAGAAGUCUCCACACCACUACCACCAAAGGAGGUCUCCCCACCAUCUGCUGAAGAAGUUGCCCUUCUACUCUCCCAAGAGCCAGCUUCCUCAUCAGUUAGCAUACUCUUGCCACCACAGAGUAUUCCACCACCUCCUCCCUCAGAGCCUCCACAAACUGAUGAUAGCCAUCCAGCAGCUCAGGAGCCCUCUCCACCACCACCUUCUGAAAUCCCUAUUUUACCCUCUCUUGAGACCUCCCAUGCACCACAAAUGACUCAAGAACACACCCCUCCUCCACCUAUAAACAUUCUCUCUCCUCCUCCUCUACCUGUCCAAGCUCCUGCUAACACUGAGCACCAAACUGCUCUACUGGAUGCAGAGAACCGAAGCCAAGAGCAGACCUCUCCCCUUGCCCCACAAGAGGAGGCCACUCCCAUGACUACCUCCCUUCUGGAGGUGGUCAAGCUGAAGUCAGUCAAUAGCAGUCCUGACCCUAUCAAACCUCAGGACCAAACCCAGCCUGAGGUCAUUAUGAGGACCCAGAAUCCCAGUAAUCAGGGUCAAGCUCCAUCUGCUGCUGGUGAGGCUCCUCAAAAACCCAUCAGAAGAUCUCUGAUCAUAACUUCUCCGACAUCCACAUCUCCACCAGCCAUAGUCACUUCACAACCUACCAUUUCAAAGUCCCAGACCACCAUGGUACUGCCCACCUCUUCAUCCACAGUUAUCUCCCCUACAAAGAAGUCUCCUCCUGCCAUAUCCUCCUCUCCCUCCAUGAACCUGCAGGAGGCCAUCCGCUUGAGGACAGCAGCAAGAUCAAAGGAUGGACCUACUUCUCGCCUCAGUUUGCCGUCUCCAACAUCACCACUAGGUGGAGAUUUCCGCAAAUCCCCUUCCAGCACUGCCAGCUUUAUCUUUUCAAAAAGUACCAAAAAGGUGGUGAUUGAGACUGUGACCUCACCCGAGGCUAAUUCAAACAACCAGAAGAACCUAGUGGCUGAGCUUUCCUCUGUAACAAAGUCAGCAAAUGAAACAGAGUUACUGAAGAAGGGAGCCAAGGUGCCACCACCUGUAGCAAAGAAACCCAAACCAAAGGCCAAAGAAAUAGAGAGCAGUGUGGAGACUGAGCAAAUGCAGACUGCUGGACAGGAAGCACAGCCAGAGAGCACCAAGGGUACUCCAGAGAAACCAAAUGGGACUGCAGGUAGCGCCGAGGGAGGACAGACGUCAACAUGAUUGGAAAGACUGAAGAAGACCUGGGAAUAGUUAACAUGGGAAGGACUUUACUGCAAGUUGAAGUGUGUAUGUAUGAGAGAGAGAAAAAGCCAAAGUUGGAUGGAGAAGAUGGUUAUUUUUUGAAGAAUUUGGGGUUUUAAAGAGAGAUUCUCUGAAUUUGAUGUUAAUGGUGUGGGUCUUAAAUUUCUCAAGUACUCGUUUUGUAUUAUAUUAAGAGUAAAUAUAUUUUCUUUGCCAGAGGGUCUGAUGAACUUUACCUUUGUAGUGCUGGUUCAUGGUGGUCCACUGUAAGAGAUGAGGAUAUAUCACCCUCUAGUGUCAAAUAAUGAUUGUACCACUACUUUUCCUGCUGAGUGGAGCAAGGAGCAAGCUGAAUGCUUCUAGUUAGUACUUCUGACCAUGGGAGUUAUGAGCGCUCAUCUGUAAAUAUAACUGAAAGUUGUAUAUUUAAUAUAUCCAGUCAUUAUGGAUGUGCGCUGUGGAAUUCUGUUCUGUAUUUUCCCAGAGGUGGGAAUAUACCCAUUUAUGUUUGUUAAAAAUAUAUUUACCAUAAGUUAUUUUUCCCUUUAUGUUCAAUUCUAUUGGGGAUUAUAAGAAAGUAAGGCCCUCAUGAUGUCCAAAUUUAUUGGGGUGUUUUAUCAAAAAUCCCACAUCAGUGUCAUGUCAAACUCUUUGAAGAUCCAAUCAAGAAUUUAAUAUUUCUUUUAAUAUUUAAAUUGAUGAGCUUAGCUCUUUAUGUAAAUCAGUGUCACGAAAAAUCUGAUGAACCAUGAUUUUGAGGCACAUUUUCUGUUGCUUUUAGUUACUGUUAAUUGAGAGCUUUGUUUUACAUUACAGUUAUAAAGAUCAUUGGUCAAAGUCUGGAAGAACCUUCUGUGGAAUUGUAAUAUAUUUCAAACUGGUUUCAGUGAUUGAGAUCUAAUAAAUAUGUAUUAUGUGUAAUAAACAGAAUAAACAUUUACCAAGAG